AUGCGUCUUCUCAACACCAGAACCCUCAAGCUGAUGCAGUUCGAUGCUGCAAGGAUACCAGCAUACGCUAUCCUCUCGCAUCGCUGGGGAGCCGAUGAAGUCACACUGGAAGAUAUAGCCCUUGAGCGUCACACGGGACGAAGUGGAUUUCGUAAACUGCGCUCGUUUUGCGAAGUGGCAGCCAAGGAUGGCUUUGAAUACUGCUGGAUGGAUACCUGCUGCAUCAACAAGACCAGUUCUGCGGAGCUCUCCGAGGCUAUUAACUCCAUGUUUCAGUGGUAUCGCAAUGCCACUGUUUGCUACGCCUAUCUUCAGGAUGUUCAUGAUGGUGAGGAACCUAGACAUUCAGCAAGUUUAUUCCGCCGCUCGGAAUGGUUUAAGCGUGGAUGGACCCUGCAGGAGCUCAUAGCUCCAGGCGUCUUGUACUUUUACUCUUCCAAUUGGACAAGGAUCGGAUCUAGGUCAUCUCUAAUACAACCCAUUGCCGAAAUUACCGGAAUUCAUACUGCAUUCUUCAAGACCGGGGAUCUGAGCAAGUAUAGCGCAGCGCAGAAGAUGGCGUGGGCAGCGGAAAGAAAGUGUACACGAAUUGAGGAUGAAGCAUACAGCCUGCUCGGUCUGUUUGGAAUCAACAUGUCGUUGCUCUACGGCGAAGGCACAAAUGCGUUCCAUAGGCUGCAGGAGCAAAUUCUGACACGGACAGGCGACUAUUCCAUCUUGGCACAUGCAGAGGAAGAGCCUGUAUCUCAACUGCGACUCUUUAAACCAAAGACCCUGGCCGUUUCCCCUUAUUCAUUUCGAGGGUCGCUACGGCUUGAACGUGUGCAAGAUUUGUCGGAGCACUUCACUCAUGCCACUAGCACCGAUAUAACAAUAACGCCGGGAGGAGUGAGACUACCCAUGUGGUUGAUUCCUUCGGCAUUCUUCCCGGGAAAAUUACGCGCAGAGCUUAGCAGAGGCCGGGAAGGCACUGGCAACGGUACAUCCCAACUUCACCUCGCAUUGCUAGGUUAUGGCCCUGAUAAUGGUGACCUUGUUGCCGCCAUCUUACUUCAAGAGAUGCAGCCGGGAAUAUAUGAAAAGCAAAGGCUCAAGAUGUACGAAGAUGGAUUCUGCAUGGUUGCCCGAGACUUGAUGGCAAAGGCGGAACUCAAGACAAUCGUUCUACGACAUAGCAUUGUCCGCCUUCCGGAAGAAUGGACUUUUGACAAGAGACACCACCACCUAUUUCUAGACUUCCCCCCUCCUGAGGUUUUGGGGUUUUCAUUGCAAAAGUCCGCCUCACCGACAAACCUCGUCUCUGAUGCUACUGCUGUUGGAGAGGCUAUAAGGGUGCAGGCUCGGAUGAAUAGGCAUGGACACCCCGUAUCAUUUACAUUCUUAGAUGAUAGAGGCUUGGGAUUUACUCUGUCUAUUUCUAGAUUGCCACAGGCUCCAUUUAUUAACAUGCAGCUAUCUACUGAAAUGUGUCCUCCUACAGGUAUGGAUUACAAACAACUACCAUCUCCAUCAGUGGCAGGCCAGCGGCAAUCGGGUGGGGAAUAUUUUUUAACAACAAUACUGGGGCUGGAUAGAAACACUACUAUUGAGCUUGAAGCCUUGAGACAGCAAAGCGGAUGGAGCGUGCAGCUGAGGAUUCCUGUGAGCCGCCAACCUGUUUCUUCCUAUUCACCAACCUAUACUACCACUCGUACAUUCGAGAGCACAAUAAGCGAUACUACUACACUAGAUACUUCAUCUAACCAUUUACAUACGUGGCUUGGGCAUGUGGCCACAGAGCACUACACUUCCAAGUAUGUUAAGCUACGACACGAGUUAUCCGAUGCAGCAUAUUGGGGCAAUUGGCCUGUCCUGUUUGACAGGAUAGAAGACGGCCGCCAUAUGUACAACGAGUCGUGGGUCAACGCACCUAGAAUGAAAUCGAUUCCACAAAUUACUUCGUUAACCAUGUGGACUCCAUUACACCAGGCGGUCUAUAUGGACGCUCCCAUGGAUGUAGUGCAGAGACUUAUAGAUCUCGGCGCGUCACGAUCCCUGAGAACGAAGCAGAAUAGCUUUGAUGUUGCGCCCGCCCAGCUGACGCCUCUCGAUCUCGCACGGCAAAUAGGCCGGCUGGAACUUGAAGAAAUCCUACGACCUGUAAAUGAAGCUGAUAUUUCUCCUGAGGUAUUACACAAACUGGAGACGCAUUUCCACAACCUUAUACAUCUCGAGGCGGGCCCGUUUGUCAAAGAGGCCAAGCUAUAUCUCCCAAACCUUACAUACCUCAUGGAGCUGGGCAGCGAUCAAGUUUGGUUCCCAAUACAGUUGGAUUAUCAGUCUGCGGGCUAUAUGUAUCAACUUAUUGGACAGGAACUGAGAGUGAAAUCAAUCAAUAUACAGGGGGAGGACGAUGAAAUAUCGUACAAAAUCGUGGAAGACGGCGUGUCAUGGAUCGAUUAG